UGCAGAAAGUCUAUUUAAAGCUAUAUGUGAUCACUUAAAACAACUUAACAUUCCUUUGGACAACAUGUUGGGAUUGGCAGCAGAUAAUGCAUCAGUAAUGAUGGGCCAUAUCUCAGGGGUCCAAGCAAGAUUUAGAACCAUAUUGCCCAAUAUUUUUAUUCUCGGAUGUGUCUGCCAUUCUUUUCACUUAUGCUCCUCAGCAGCAGCAAAAAAGUUACCAAGAACAUUGGAGGAUUUCAUAAGGUCUAUAUAUAACUACUUUGCACAUAGUAGUAAAAGAAAGGAGAAGCUGGAAGAAUUUCAGAAGUUUGUAGACUUAAAACCACAUAAAAUUUUACACCCUUGUCAGACACGUUGGUUAUCUUUGCAAGUUGCUAGAGAACUGGGAUGCCCUUAG